UCAACAUUGAGUCCAGAGCUUAUCAACGUCCCAAGUCCGGUUCUUCCAAUCUCAACCUCAACGGCCCUUAACAGAUCAACCUAAUCGACGUCGGCGUCCCAGCGCACUCAGCAAUCAAGAUGGCAGCCUUUGUUAAGUCGGUAAAUGCCUACAUCAGGCGGGACAAGUACCUCAACUACUUCUGCUCAACACAUUUCUGGGGCCCGGCGUCGAACUUUGGUAUCCCCAUCGCGGCCGUCAUGGACACGCAGAAGAGCCCUGACUUGAUCUCCCCCGUCAUGACUGGCUCGCUCAUCAUCUACGCCGGCACCUUCAUGCGCUACUCGCUUGCCGUGACGCCCAAGAACUACCUCCUUUUUGCCUGCCACUUUGUCAACGCAGGUGCUCAGCUUACUCAAGGAUACCGCUACAUCAACUGGAACUACUGGGGAGGCAGGGAACGUGCAGCGUUGGCAAGCCCCGUUUCGGCGGCUGUUGAGGCGGUCCAGGGCAAGCCCAUCCCGGUGCCGGAGAGCAAAUAAAGGAGCAUCGGAUGGAAUUGUUGAUCGGGACUUGUCAAGACAGAAAACAAUGUUGGGAUUGCGGAAGCUUCAAGGGCUUUAUACUACGAGAAGUCGCCGUAGCUCUCCUGCAUACUAGCAGCCCAACGCAUACCGGCGAUAUUGAAGGAGCGAUUGACUUUGGUUGGGGCCUAAUAUGAUAUGGCUCUGUUUGCAUAAGACGCCUCUCGUCUCACUUCGCCAGUAUAUGGAUCUCUGGGAAAAGAAAACGUAGUAGCUCAUAAAAGACUACUGUCGGAAUUCCUCGGGUGAUAUUGGGAUUGGCACAAGUUUAAUAAUGAACCAUUCGGAAGGGUUAGAGAUGAGCAUAUACAGUAACUAUCAAUCUGUGUUAUUUUGCGUAUUUAGAGCUUUAGAACAUGAUGUCUGAUUACCCACAAAGGCUUUAAUCUAAUUCGCUGCAAGUCUUUUGGGAACUUAUCGAAAGCCGA